AUGGCGCCCAAGAAGAAGAGCGGGCUGAGCGCGGGACGCGCGCAGGCUGGCGAGGGCGCCGAAGCGCCGCUCUCCGAGCAUGCGCAGUACCUGCAGCGCGAGUGCGCGCUGCUCUCGGAGCAACUGGAAGCCUGCGAGCGGCGGAUGGACCAGGUGCUGCAAGACAACGCCUUCCUGGAGCGCGAGGCGGGGCGCCUCCGCGAAGAGAACCGGCUCUACGCCGGCUACAUGAGCGCGCGCGCCCAGCGCUCCGCCAACAACGUCGUGCGGCUGGAGGAUAAGAACCGCAUGGACCUGGCGGAGAUCCACUGGCAGCGGGCCGAGCUGGCCUCGCUCUACCAGGGGCGCGAGGAGGGCGUGCGCGCGCAGCUGCAGGACAUGACGGCGCGCGUGGAGGACGUGACGCAGCAGGUGGAGGGGCUGCAGCCCUACAAGGCCAGUGCGCACGCGCGGGCUCGCGCCCGCGGACGGGGCGGGGGCCGAGUGGGGUGGGCGCGCCGUGCGCGCGCGCGCUGA